AUGGCGCGUGUGAAGAAACCGCAGAGCUCGUACUUGCACUUCUGCCAUGAGAAGCGCAAGCAGGUGAUGGACGAGCAUCCGGGCGCUCGCAUCGGUGACAUCCAGAAGGUCAUCAGCGUGCAGUGGCAGGCGCUCACGUCCGAGGAGAAGGAGGUCUUUGUGCAAAUGGCGGUCAACGACAAGGCGCGGUAUCAACGGGAGCUACAGGACAAGGCUGAGGUUCAAGAGGAGCCCUCGGAAGAAGCGAAGGACGUGCUACAAUCCCGUUGUGCUUGUGUGUACCCACUGGCGAGAGUGAGGAAGAUCGUGCAGAGCGACCCAGACAUGGGCAAAGUCUCGAAGGACGCGCUGGUGGCGAUCGCAAAGGCAGCAGAGCUAUUUGCUCAGUUUCUAGGCACAAAGAGCUAUGAACAGGCAAUGUACCGCAACAAACGGCAGAUCAAGGCAUCAGAUGUGACGCGCACGAUUCAGACAACGGCGUCGCUGGAUUGGCUGCGUCCAGACUUUCCAGACGUGAAGCUCGUGCAUGCGGAUGGUAGUGGUGGGAGUAAAAGGAUGAGGACAGAUCAGGAGAAGAGCGAGAAGGCGUUGCCCGAUACAGCGUCGUUCUUCGAACCGAGGACAGCAGGAGCGACCGGCGGAGCAGCGCCCCCCGAGUAG